UUUGGCCGGAAAAUCUUCACCUGUAAACUUGUCAAUCGCGCCAAUUUAUUUCACAAUCAAUGUCUGUCUCAAUUCCAAUGCAGCUCUCCUUCUCUAAAACCUUAUCACCCCAAAGCGCACUCUUUCUCUCUAGGUUCUCCCACCUCUCCUUAAACACUUCACCCGUUCCCCGCAACACUACCGUCAUCCGCAUGGGUGGCGGCCCCAGAACUUACCCAGGCGGAGUAUCCAAGUGGCAAUGGAAGCGAAUGCAGGCUAAGAAAGCUAAACAGCUUCUAAAAGCUCGACUCUGCUGCGAGAGACAGAUUUACGAAAUGCAAAGGAGAGCGGAGCUCAAGGUGGCGGUUGCGGAGCUUGAACGCCACUGGAAGGUGGUCGAGAAAGCACCGACGUUGUUCUCUGUUAGUGCGGAUGAGCAAGUGAAGGUCUUGGCCGAUCGGUUUCAGAAACCGGGCGGGUUCGAUUUGUGGUCGGAGAAGGAUGGGCCCCAGCUGUUUGAGACUCCCGAUGGGGUCCCCUCCGCUAGGUUUUUCCCUAAAGGUGUUGUUCAUAAUGUCAGGCCUUACCGUCAGAUUGCCGGGAAUGGUGAUUUUGAUAGUGGAGAGGAGGAUUCUGCUUUAGAAAGCGAAAGCGAAAGUGAAAAUGGAAAUAAAGAUAGAUAUGUUAGUGCUGUGGCAAGGAAUGGGUGCAAGACUAAUGGUAUGUCAAUCAAUGGGAAGUUUAGGAGAGGUGAUUUGUACACUGGAAGGAAAAAGGAUGAUGUGGAUUCGUUGGUAAUGGAAGUUAGUUCAGAUUCUGAGAGUGGCUAAAUGGGGGCAUGGAUAAGAAGACAAGAAGCAGAAAUGGUGGUGAAUUUAGGAAGCAGGGCAACGCAAGUAGAUUUAGGAGUGGUUUAAGUUCACUAGAUUCAGGGCAAGUUGGUUUAGGUAGAAAGCAAAGAGUUGGUUAUGAUACUAAGAUUAAUAGGAGUAAGAUUGAUGGUAGGAUUAAUCAGAGUAAUGUUUUACGAAAUCCUAGAUAUUCUGAGUCUGAAGUUUUUGAUAUGAGUUUACAACAGGAUGGGAGUUAUGGGUUCCAAGCCAAAAAUAGGCAGAUUGACUCUAAUUCUCAGCCUAAAGAGGCAUUUGAGUGAUUCUAGCUUUAAUUGACUGAUGGAAUAAAUAGAAUUUGUGGCUAGAACUAGCUAUUGAUGCUAUCAAAUUGGUAAAUAGUAAUGAACUGUAUUUCAUUAGUUAUGUUCAUAGAAUUCUGGCAUUUCAGGUAAGUGCAAGUUGUUAUGACCGGUGACCAUAUCAUAUUUGGUGCUUAAUGUAAAUGAGUCUCAACAAAUGGAAGAUGAUCAGAGGAUCACUUAAUGAUUGAAGAUUAAAUUGGACAGCUUGGCCCUGGCCAUAUGUUACUGCUAAAAGUAGGUUUUUGUAUUCCAUUAUCAUCAUCAUUAGGAAUGAUAGUGAUAUAACGCCACAGCAGAAACUGGUGUGGUAAGAUUAGGGUUAAGUCUGAACCAGCCUCUGACCCGAAUCUAGAACUGAAUUUUGGAAUCAUUCAGAUUGUUCCAGCCUGAAUGGCCUCAUAUCCGAAGAGUGCUCACCCAACAUUAGGAUUCGAAUGGCAGUUAUUGGUUCCUUAAGAUGUGGGUGCUGAGAAUCUUGUGAUUUAAUCUCCAAUGAUCCUUGAAUUAGGGAUCUUGAGUACAUUGCCAACAACUUCUUGACAACCUCUUAACAUUUAUAUAAGGUAACACAUCCUAAAACCUCAGAUAUGCUUACUCUGCUCAACUGAUUAUAGAAAUUUCUCAUUAUUGUAGGUUUGGAUACCCAACCGAGAGACUCACAGCAGCAACAGAUAGGUGAAGGGAUUAUGGUGUUCACUGUUGUAGUCCCACCAAGUUGUAUGCUGCUACUUUACUAAUGCUUUUCUUUCUUCCCAUCAAUAAAUGUUGACUCGGAGGAGCAGAAUUGUCUUGCAUGUGGAUGCAGAAUAUGUGAGUUAGAUAUAUGGGGACAUGUAGAACUUGUUCUGAAGAGAAACAAAAUCCAAAAGAAUCAGAAAAAAUGCAUGUAUCUUUUAGGAACACUACUUCAAAGUUGUCCUCUGUUCUUUUUUCUUACUAGAGAAAUGAAAUCACUAAUGCUCCGUGUUGCAUUGGAUA